UUUUGGAGGACACCCACCUAAGCCGCCUGCUGGUAAUGGAAGCCAGGAAGAUGGGCCUCAGCAUCGACCACCCCCGCAAGAAGGCAACAAGCCCCAAGGUCCCCCACCUCCUCCAGGAAAGCCACAAGGACCACCCCCACCAGGAGGCCAUCCCCAGAAGCCUCCCCCACCUCCUGCUGGAAAGCCGGAGGGACCACCUCCACCUCAUCCAGGAAAGCCACAAGGACCACCCCCACCAGGAGGUCACCCCCAUAAGCCUCACCCCCCUCAUGGUGGAAAGCCCGAGGGAUCACCUCCACCUCCUCAAGAGAGCAAACCACCCAAACCUACACAGGAACAGCCUUCUCAGUAAUCUAGGCUUCAAUGACAGGAAGUAAAUAAGAAGAUGACAGCGAUUCAAGUGAUUCAAAUGCCAUAACAUUGGAAUAAGGCGGCCAUAUCUC